AUGGCCCUCCUCCCCCUCCUUGGACGCCACGCCCUGAUAACGGGGGCCUCCGGCUCCAUCGGCGCAGCGAUAGCCCACCGCUUCGCCGCAGAAGGCGCCCUCGUAACCCUGACAGGCCGCAACGAGUCCGCCCUCCGCAAGACCCUCGCCUCGCUAUCGCCCUUUUCGCAGGCCCGCCUCUCGCCCGUCUUGGCGGCGAAACAGUCGGCGCAGCCGGCCGAUCCGCCACGGCACGAGUACAGCAUCCUCGACCUCUCGCGGGGCGAGGGCAGCCUCGAGCGGCAGCACGCUGUGCUGGAUGCGGUUUGGGCGAGGACCGGCCAGAUCGACGUGCUCGUCAAUGCGGCAGGCGUGGCGCAGUGGCAGCUUCUGCAGAACACGCCCAUGGAGGAGGCGCAGGCGCUGAUGGACGCAAAUCUGCUAGGUGCCGUCUUGACGUCGAGGUACAUGGCGCGACGGAUGAAGCGCCGCAGGGCCGAUCGAGACGGUAAUACAUUUCGAGCAGUAACGGCCGUGAUGAACCAUUCGCUAAGACAAAUUCUAGCAUGUAUCAUCAACGUGGCCAGCCUUCUUGCCCAUAAGGGCACAUCCGGUACAAGCGUUUACGCGGCAUCCAAGGCCGGUCUCUUGGGACUCACCCACGCCCUUGCUGCUGAACUCGCCCCCUUCAAGAUCCGAACCAACGCCAUUGUCCCCGGCUACAUCCAAACCGAAAUGAUUGCCAGUAAGCCAAGAUCCCGGGCCCUCCGAGUCCGCCCCCUGCCGCCCCGAACCCCUGCCCGUGACUACCGCAGACCGACGUGA